GGCUCGUCCAACGCCCAGGGUGAGCGGCCCAAGAAGGAGAACAUCCUGGACCUGGCCAAGUACAUGGACAAGGAGAUCAUCGUCAAGUUCAACGGCGGCCGUGAAGUCCGCGGCACUCUGAAAGGCUACGACGCCCUCAUGAACCUGGUCCUCGACCAAGUCCAGGAGACACUCCGAGACGACGAAGGCAACGAGUCAUCCCGGUCCCUUGGUCUCGUUGUCGUCCGAGGCACGCUCCUCGUCCUCAUCAGCCCCGCCGACGGCAGCGAAGAGAUUGCCAAUCCUUUUGCCCAGCCUGAA